CAGAAACAAGAAACGCUGUGGAACAUCUGCAUACAGAUCACUGCACGUUUAUGUAUUGAUAUAGGUUUGCGUUGUAUUUGAGGGUAAAGCAAGACUUUUUACAUCUUAAUUGUGUAACAUCCUAUGCGGAAUGUCCACCGUUUAAUUGAAUUCAAAAUGAAAAAGAUAUUUGCUGUCGUCUUCCAGUAGAAAUAAGUUCUCAGCGAUUUAGAAGCCAAAAGUUUUUAAGGACACAAAAGUGUGAUUUUGAGCACACAAAAGUUGUGAAUCUCUGGAAUUCAGCAUCUUGGGCAUGGCUUUGAACACUGAUGCCAGCAUUCCCACUGCUGCCACUGGUGCAGAAGAAGAAGAGCAGCAACAACCAGAGCAAGGGCCCAAUCAACAACCAAGCACAGAGUCAGACCACACCCUAAACUCCUCUCAGCCAGUUAAGAAUGAGCAACAAGAUCCACCCCCCGCCACAACACCUACUCGUGCCUUAGACCCUGUCCCACCACAGGAAGUCCCACCUAGAGAUCACCUGACAGUCAUCGAUGAGAAUAUGGAAACAAGUAAUGGCAUUUGCUCUGCUCCUGUCGACAGUUGUCCGCAAGCUUCCUCUCCUUCUCGCCAGCAGCAUGCCAAGCCUAACCACGGGAAUGUUAAUGGACGUGCUAGGCUGAACAGUCGCUCUGGGUCAGUGAGUCACGCUGGGUCACCUCGACCAUCGCUCACCAGAAAGCCCAGCGCAGCCACUGAUGCAGGAGCAGAUGGCUCCAAACCUAACGAUUAUCUAAUAUGGGCUAUUCUGGCCUGCCUCUGCCCUGUCUGGCCAAUCAACAUUGUCGGCUUGACCUUCUCAGUGAUGUCUCGUAACAGUCAACAGCAGGGGAAUGUGGACGGUGCCCGCCGUCUUGGGCGGAAUGCAAAGAUCCUGUCAAUCGUGUCAUUGGUGGGUGGGAUUAUCAUCAUUAUUGUUACCAUUGUCAUCAACUGGGGUGUAAUUCUUAAGACCUGACGGUCAUCAUGAUCAAGCAGAAUUCACAACUUACCUUCACAAUUAACAACCAAUCCAUGAUGACCAUUUUGUUCGUCCAUGUGUCAUUUGUUACUAUACAUUACCUGAGCUCCUGAAUGCUUUUUCAGUUGUUUUAUAAUCAGUCUCAAGACUCUGAAGCUGGACAUUACCUUUAUCUUCUAUCGUGCCAGAACUAUCAGAACAAGAUGGACUAUUUGAAUGCUUGGGAUCCCGACUGAAGAGGAAAGGCGUGCAUGUGCGUUUUUCUUUUCUUUUCUUUACACUGACUCAUCAUUGUAGAUGAUGUGAGUGAGGAGACCACAAGAAUGAUCUAAUAUAAUUAGUUACAUUCCCUUUGAGGAUUAGGAGGAAAAGAAUAAAAGGGAAUGAAGGAGAUGGACAGGGUACAAUUAAAAAAAAACUUACAAGAAAGUACAAGAUCAGAUUAGUACCCCUGUGUUCUUAAAGGUAUAAAUCCAUAAAGAAGUGUGUUGAUUAAAUUGUAAAUGAUUAAAUAAUGACUAUUGCACUAAAACACUGCAGAUGGCUUUGGUAUUGAAAUUCAUCCAUAAAUUAGACUGGUUACCUGACCCGUUUCAAACAGAGUUUAGUGCCUGUUUCCGCUCUCAGUUGUGAUAUAGGGAUAAGAUGUUAGGGAGGCAGGCUGUCUAUCUAUCUAUCUAUCUAUCUAUCUGUCUGUCUGUCUGUCUGUCUGUCUGUCUGUCUGUCUGAGGGUCAAUAUCUAUCUAUCUAUCUAUCUGUCUGUCUGUCUAUCUAUCUAUCUGUCUGUCUGUCUGUCUGUCUAUCUGUCUGUCUGUCUGUCUAUCUAUCUAUCUAUCUAUCUAUCUAUCUAUCUAUCUAUCUAUCUAUCUAUCUAUCUAUCUAUCUAUCUAUCUAUCUAUCUAUCUAUCUAUCUGUCUGUCUGUCUGUCUGUCUGUCUGUCUGUCUGAGGGUCAAUAUCUAUCUAUCUAUCUAUCUAUCUGUCUGUCUGUCUAUCUAUCUAUCUAUCUAUCUAUCUAUCUAUCUAUCUAUCUAUCUAUCUGUCUGUCUGUCUGUCUGUCUGUCUGUCUGUCUGUCUGUCUGUCUGUCUGUCUGUCUGUCUGUCUAUCUAUCUAUCUAUCUAUCUAUCUAUCUAUCUGUCUGUCUGUCUGUCUGUCUGUCUGUCUGUCUGUCUGUCUGUCUGUCUGUCUGUCUGUCUGAGGGUCAAUAUCUAUCUAUCUAUCUAUCUAUCUAUCUAUCUAUCUAUCUAUCUAUCUAUCUAUCUAUCUAUCUUCUUGCUUAAUGUUCACAUACAAAUAUUGCGCACAUAUUGAACUGUAGGUUAACACACCAAUAAGCAAAAAUGCUGUGUAUUAGAAACUCCUACAGAGAGAGGCACGGAGAGAGAGAUGAAAACAAAGUGGGAGGGGCCGAAGCUAAGCCGCAGUCCUUUGUUUUACACAGAUCAAGGGAUGGAGAGAGAAAUGAUAGGGCAGGAGGGUGGCUGGCUUCUGAUGAAAAGAUACCCUAGAGAUGGGGAGACAGAGGGAAUGCAGUAGUUUUGAGAGGCAUCUGAGCUGGUAAUGAUUGGCUGAAUGAGGAAGCCAAUAUUGUAUUGCUUGCAAGCAUGGCCUCCCAUUGUCUUCACAGCUACAGUAUCCUUAGCAAGUUUCUUUAAGACUACUUAUUUAAAAUGAUGUAAUAGCAGUAUGUGACCACAUUUGCGUGUAAAAUGUUGAUCAGACUGUUUUGACUAUCAAUCAUGUUUUAAACCGUAAUGUUUGUAGUCAGCUACAUAUUCAGCGAAAACAACAGGACAUUUUAACGAUGAUGAAUCGUUUUACACAGCCAAAACUGUUUGUUUGCUUAGCAGAACGAUUCCAUGAAUCAUUCCUAGUCAGGCUGCACUGACUGUGCCAAAAUUCAGACUCUGCAAAGAGUCCAUAGGAAAGCUCUUUUCCAGCUUAUGUGGGUAUGUGUGUGACAGAGACAGUAAAUGAGAAUACGAAUGUGUCUUUUUGUCAGACUGAUCUCAUGGAAGUAUUAAUAUUAUUAUUAUUUUUUGCUAAAUUAUAUUACGUGGUCCCUUACAGAUAUUGCAGCAGAUCUGAGGUGAAAUGUUGGUGUUAAAUUUCCUACCAAACAGACACAUUUGUUAAGGUCAAUGCUCUAUAGAGUUUUAGAACAACAAAACUGACCUCCCUACCCGAAACCUUCAACCUAAACCACACAAAUAGUACCAUAAAAAGCAAACGUGAGAAUAAAAACAAUAGCUGAAAAAAAAAACAUGUAAUUUUGUGGUGCUUUAAUGACACUUUCGGCUUACAUGUGGACUUGCUUGCUCUUCAGGACUCGUACCACAGUCCUUUACAUAGGGCCUUUGCAUCAGCUGGGCUACUGUGCGAUUUGAGGAUGAAGUGUAGUUUGUAAUGUAAUGCAAACAUUAAAAUGUAUCUAUCGCCUUACAAGUCAUGCUAUAGUAAAAGUGUUUAGAUGUCAUAAGAGAGCACUGUGUGAGGAACAGAACAAAAAGUAAGUGUUUAUGAACUCGUUUUACUCACAAUUUGUUGGAAAGGAAAUAAAAGUUGUUGUUUUAGCACCUCUAUUGUACAUUUCCCCAGGAAACUGCUGCAGUACUGUACAUAUAACGAGCCACAUAAAAAAUAUUUUACAAAAAUGCAGGUGUAGUAUUGUUGUUCUAUGAGAACAGGUUGCUUUUUGUGGAAAGCACAUAUGGCAUUUUAUUUAUUUUAUAUUUAAAUGUUUUUCCCUAUUUCUCUUAUUUUCAUGCCUUCAUGUUGCUUGCAUGUGGGAGGUUUCUCAGUUUUACUGAUGUACAGCUUUUUACUCAUCGAUUUAGGUGUUCUGCAACUAUCUGAAGUCAAGUAUGCUUUUUUUUUUUUUUAAAGUUAAAACCUUUGGUCUGUAGCACUUUGUAAAUGUUCAGUAUCUAAAGCAACUAAUUCAGUAUGAUGUUAAGCACGCUAACUCAGGUUGGGCAGUAAGACGCCCCCAUUUUUGGGCUUGUAGUGGGUUUGGCUUGUGUGAAAGCGAGGGGUUAAAAUGGUCUUUUUGACAAAUUUCAGUUAUGCUCACUCCACGACCCCAACCCCAACAAUCAAACGUGAAUGACUGUAGCAUGCACAUUUUAUCAGCUUUGAUACAAACUGUGUGCAGUCAAUGAAUGCCAGCUUGACUUUUUGUUCUAUUGAAUUGUUCUGCUCAGCUAUUUAUAUUUAACCUGCUUACACUGCUGAAAUGGAUGAUUGUUUAUACAUAUAAUAUAUGUACAUGCACACACACAUAUAUAACUACAUGUAUAUAUGUGUAUGUACAAAUUUGUACUUCUCCUACUGCAUCUGCUUAUCUCUUCGAUGGACAUGAACAGUGUUCAUGAGUUUGAAAUGCAAAUCUUGACUGUUUACACUACAGUGCUUUCACACAUUUUUAUCACAUUUAAGUCUUUUAUUGGUAUGUAUUUUGAAACUGGUCUUCUUAGCAUACACUAUGUACAAGAUGGGAAAUCGACAUUGUUUUGUAUAUUCCGUAUUCUGCACAAUAUAAUUCUAUAAAAUAAUAUUUCAAAGACUCCAGCCGAAUCCAGUUCUACACACCUUUUUGUGUUUAUAAAAUAUACCCUCACACAAAUCCAAUACCAUUUUGGUGAAAGCACCUGUGCUAGUCAAUACUUUUCUUCUGUGAACUCAAUUGUCUUCUUGAGAUUUGAUAUAAGAAGCAUUAUGAUAACUCUUCUUCCUAAUGUAAUCCUGAUUUUAUGCAGAUCUGCCUGUGCAUGCCUUAAUGAAUUGCUUUGGAGCAACAAUAUGUGAUGUACAGUACACUCUAUCUGAAGCGAGGCAUUUGAUAGAUCUCACAUUAUUGAUCCUUAUUCUGCUCUGUAUUGAUUAUGCAUUACUGUGACCAGUAAAUAAAUGGUCUCACA